UUUCCGCCUCAACGCGUUUCCAUGGCAACCCGCCGUCUCCUUCAGGCCAGAGUACGCUGUGUAGCUUGUCCUUUAACUGGGUAAAAACUGGACUGCAAUUCCCACAGGCUACCUGGUCCCGAUUUUGUUUCUACUCUCUUUCCUCCAGUGCUCAGCGGCCAGAGAAGAGGGCGGGGAAAGAAACACAGAUAAGCGGAGAUAGGCGUCAGCACAGCCUUCUGGGAAACCGAGUCCCGUUGGCGCGGAGGCUCCUGGGUGGAGGAGCUCGAGGAAGUUCUCGCGGCGCCGGAAGUUGUUACCAGGCGCGAGUGGGAGGAGUUGGGUCUGCGUCUUCCUCCGGGCGGGAGUCGCUUCUGUUAACGCGACGGACGGCAGUCUUGAGAGGGAGACUCCCAUCCUGACUCAUCCUCCUACUUCCGGACAUUCGGGGGGCUCAUCCGGCAUGGCCAGGGAGCCAGCCCUAGAAGGAAGGGAGACUUUCUCCCGGCUUCCUUGUGUCUCCUGCGGCUCUGCCAGCCAGGAACAUGGAGGGGACGGAGAGGGAUCUUAAGUGAGAACUCCGGCCACCGAGUCCCAGUCGGCUACCACCAAGGGAUGUAGCCAUGGACUUCACCUUGGAGGACUGGGAGCAGCUGGGGCUGGACCAGGGGGACCUGUUCUGGGACACGGCGCUGGACAACUACCAGAACCUUUUCCUGCUGAACCCCUGCAAACCCAAACUAACCUCCUGUCCAGAUGGGGGCGAAGAGCUGGAGGCCGUGGUCAGAGAAAACCCAGAAUCAGAGGGCCUCGCUCCUUAUGUUUCGCCGCGGGGAACGGGAGACACCUGCACUUACCCUCUCUCGGACAUGGCCGAAGUCAAGAACUGCCCUCUGGCACAAGACUUCUUGGAGGAAGGACUCUCCCAGGAGAUCAUGGAGACUUUGUCCAAGGAUGGCCUCGGGAACUCCAGUCUGGGGAAAGCCUAUGUAGGUGAGAGUUGGUUAGACAGUUUGCUAGGAGAUCCAGAAAGCCUUCUGAAGUCUGACGUUGUUACCAACAAGGGAAGUCCCACAGAAUGCAGGAGUCGCGAACUCCAGAGAGACCUCGGUCCUGAGCCCCUCCUUUCCGUGAGGGAGGAUUCUGUGAUGCGUGAUCUUCCUGAAAAGAGCCCAGCUACGUCUCAGGAACGUGGGAAAGACUUUGGCUGUGACUUAGACCAGAGCCAGCAGGAUCCUGUCCAGGGAGGCGAGAAACUGUAUAAAUGUAGUGAAUGUGGGGAGAGCUUCAGUCAGAGUUACCAUCUCAUCCAGCACUGGAUUGUUCAUACUAGAGAGAAACCCGCCGUGCACGAAGAGUAUGAGGAAGGUUGCAGCCAGAGGUCUUGCCUCUUUGUGCCCCUGACAACUCACACCGACUACAAAUCCUGUGCGCGUAACGAGGGCGGGAAAACCUGCACUCAGAGCACACACCUUCUGUGGCAUCAGGAAAUUCACACUGGAGAAGAACCACAUAAGAAUCAAGACAGUGACCCUCCGUCAGGUCUCAGCUUACAGCCUGCUGAGCAGCAGAAACCCUAUACAGGUGAUGAGUCCUACAAAGGUAACGAGCCUGGCGAGGGUUUCAGCCAAACCUUUCACCUCACCCAGCAUCAGAAGACCCACACUCAGAAACGCUAUGAAUGUGCCAAAUGCAAGGCGACCUUCAACUUCAGCAAAUACCUCCUCCAACAUGAAAAAACCCAUGCUACGAAAACUACCUCUGAGCAUCAGGAGUGCGGGAAGGCCUUCGGGCAGAGCACGCUGCUCGCUGAACACCAGUCCAUUCACACCGGAGAAAAGCCUUACGAGUGUGAUCAGUGUGGGAGGCCCUUCAGGAAUAUCUCGACCCUAAAGGUCCACCAGAGGGUUCACAGUGGAGAGAAGCCUUACAAAUGCAAUGAGUGUGGGAAAUCCUUCUACCGGAGCACUCACCUUAACGAACAUCAGAGGAUUCACACCGGCUACAAGCCCUACAAGUGUCAUCAGUGCAUCAAGAGUUUCAGCCGGCCCUCCCACCUGAUUCGACACCAGUCUGUUCACGCCACGGGCAAGUCCUACUGCUGUGCCAGAUGCAAGAAGACCUUCAGCCAUAGUGAAUACCUUGUUCAACACCAGAAAAUGCAUGCUAUGGAGACCCUCCACGAGUGUCAGGAGUGUGGCGAGCGCUUCUUCUGCAGCUCGACCCUAGCAUGCCACCAGAGUGUUCACGCCAGAGAAAAACAAGCACUUGGCGAGAGCGGGAGUAUCUUGAGUCAGGACUCAGAACGGAGAGAACAUCCAGGGGUUGGCGAGAAGCACUUUAAGUGUAGCAAAUGCGAGAAAACCUUCAGCUGCAGCAAAUAUCUGACCCAGCACGAGAGGGUUCACACCAGAGUGAAACCCUUUGAGUGUGACCAGUGUGGAAAAGCCUUUAGCAAAAGUACACAGCUCCUUCGCCACCAGAACAUCCACUCUCGAGUGAGGCCGUAUGAAUGUGGGGACUGCGGGAAGGCCUUCAUCCGCAGCACUUCCCUCACCAAACAUCAGUCCACCCACAAGAGUGAGCACCCCUUUACAUGUAAUGAAUGUGGAAAGACCUUCAGCCAAAGUGCACACCUCUCAGAACAUCAGUUAACUCACACUGAGGAGAAGAAACUCUGUAAAGAUAGCAAGUGUGACAAAGCCCUUGCCCAAGGUGACUGCCUUACUCAGCAUCAGAGAACUGACGCUGGAAAGAAGUCCUUUGAGUGUGAUGAAUGCGACAAAUCAUUCCAUUUGAGUUCGUGCCUUUCUAAGCAUCAGAGAGAUCACACAGGUGAGAAACCCCACAAAUGCAGCGACUGUGAGAAAACCUUCAGCCUGGGUGCUCAGCUUCUUCAACACCGGAGAGUCCACACUGGAGAAAAGCCUUAUGUUUGUCAGAAAUGUGGGAAAGCUUUCAGCCAGAGCUCAUGCCUUUCUGUUCACCAGCGAGUUCACACUGGAGAAAAGCCUUAUGUUUGUCAGGAAUGUGGGAAAGCCUUCAGCCAGAGCUCGUGCCUUUCUGUUCACCGGAGGAUUCACACCGGGGAGAAGCCUUACGUGUGUGCUGAAUGUGGGAAAGCCUUUUCCCAGAAAGCAAAUAUGAUGCAGCAUGAGAGAGUUCACACUGGGGAGAAGCCUUAUGCCUGCAGGGUCUGUGGGAAAGCCUUUGGCCUCAGCGCCCAUCUCAGUCAGCACCAGAGGGUCCACACCCAAGAGAAACGGUAGUAAUGUCAAUAUUGUCAGAAAGCCCUCUGAUGCAGGUCUCAGCAGACACCAAGUUCAUACUUGAAGGUAACAAGGAGUUACUUAGCAGGAAGUGAUAAGUAGCAAUACUACAAGGUCCCAGCAGCAGCAACAGGGUCCCAGACAUCUAAACACAUUCGUCUGGGCCCUAAGGUUGAAACCAUCGCACUGCAAGCUCCUCCGCCAAGAAAUAAAUACAUCUCUUUAUUAACAAGGAGCAAUUAGAAAAUUUGCACACAUGAGUCUCAUGAAAACACAGUAGUGGAGAAGCUGUGUAGAAUGGCAGUUCAGCGGUAGACUUGAGCCAGUCGGCUGAGUUAAACCCCAGCUCUGCCAUGGGCUAUCCGCGGGGAGAGCCAUGGGACUUCCUAGGGCCUCAGUGUCCUCGCCUGUAAGAUUGGCACAAUAUGGUUACCUACCUCAGAAGGCUGUUGUGAGGAUAAAUGAAUAGAGAUAAAGGUGCACUUAGAACUGAGUGCCCAGCACACAGUAAGUACUCACCAAAUGUGAGCUACAAGUACUCGUGAGCUACAACAAAUAUAUUAAAAAAAAAAAAGGAAGAGUUAGCAAUCCUCUAUUUACUGCAGUUAAUGUUCUUACUAAUACUAUGCACGGCUUUCAUUUUUUAAGUUUUUCUUCAAAAUGCCUCUGGCUAAAUUUGGUCCCCCAAACCCAGCACCUUGCUCUUUUCUUUUUUUUUUUUUUUUUUAAUUUUUUUUUUUCAACGUUUAUUUAUUUUUUUGGGGACAGAGAGAGACGGAGCAUGAACGGGGGAGGGGCAGAGAGAGAGGGAGACACAGAAUCGGAAACAGGCUCCAGGCUCUGAGCCAUCAGCCCAGAGCCCGACGCGGGGCUCGAACUCACGGACCGCGAGAUCGUGACCUGGCUGAAGUCGGACGCUUAACCGACUGCGCCACCCAGGCGCCCCAUUGCUCUUUUCUUUAAAAAAAAAAAAAAAAAAAAAAAAAAAGGGCGGGGGCGGAGGGAGACGGGGUGCCUAGGUGGCUCAGUCGGUUGGGCGUCCGACUUUGGCGCAGGUCAUGAUCUCCCAAGUUCAUGGGUUGAGCCUCGUGUCGGCCUCUGUGCUGACAGCUCAGAGCCUGGAGCCUACUUCGGAUUCUGUGUCUCGCUUUCUGUCUGCCUCUCCCCUGCUUGCACUCUGUCUCUCUCAAAAAUAAAUAACCAUUAAAAAAUUUUUUUUUCAGUCUAACUUUUCCUUCCCUCUGCUCUGUCGUCAGUAUUUUCUUGACUCACCCACAGAAGCCAACAAGAGCAUGUAAACUAACACCAAAUAGCUAGAACUCUCCACUCCUAACCUCCAGAACGUCUCACUCAAAAGGACGUUCUCCCACAUAACACAUGCCCCUUCUUCCUGUAAUUUUCUUCCCCCACUUAAAGUUGGAUCUGUGGAAUGAGACCUAGUGUGUGGUGGGAGUUCCUCGUACUAGAAACCAUGGGAUUCAGUUGGGAAAGCUGCACUGGAUAUUGCCACGCGGUUCCCAGAAGAUGUGCUCGAUGGAGAAAACCGUGUAUGGAAACUACUGGGCGGAAUGUUCCUCAUGCACCGUUUGUCCAAGAGCCAACCACUCACCGGGUGCUCUGCCAGGCUCCGGGGUGGGGAAUACCAACACGGCAAGCCCUGGUCUGGCUGUGAAACUCCUGGCAUCGAAGGGAAGCGGAUGGCCCCAUUUCCACAGAGAAGUACUGUUCAUUGACAAGUGACAUCCUAAAAUGCCACAUUCCCUCCUGUCACAGCAAGUUCUGGGACCAUGAAGGGUUGCUGGAGAGCCCAGGGAGGGCCCCAUCCUUCCUGCUGGAGCCCUCAAGUCGACGGGUCAACCUUGGCCAGGCCUGUUCUACAGCUAAGACACCACAUGGAACCAUGUGCCCUCUUGAGGGCACCUCCUCAGCUCUGGGUUUUUGUGUCCCACCCACUGAGUGACCUCAUCCCAUGUCUGCUGAAGCACAAAGAGAACUUUACGAAGACACUGACACUUUUGAUAUCAUUCAUAGUUUUGGUGCUAAAAAAGUUUAGGAGUAUGUGCUCUGAGUUCUUGAGUCUUUUAAACCUUGAAACUGGGGUGCCUGGGUGGUUCAGUCAGUUAAGCAUCUGACUUUGGCUCAGGUCAUGAUCUCAUGGUUCGUGAGUUCGAGUCUCAUAUCGGGUAAGCCCACACCCCACUUCUGCUGAGCUCGAGCCCCGCUUUGGGUGAGCCCAGCACCUCCCCUCCCUCGUCCUGCCCCUCGCUCACUUGUGCCCACUCUCUUUCAAAAAAAAACAAAAAACCUUGCACUUUGAGUUCUGCCGGUUGGUUUUGUUGUUGAAAGUGGGAACCUACAGGCUCGCCACUGGGCCCACACCACAGCAGGGAGCACAGGGGUUUUCAAAGGGCCGACACACUGAGGUCCCUGCACCUGGUCCCUGCCCCCAGAUCGCUGUGUCGUCUGGGCGAGACCCGUUCUGUACCACAGGGCAGGCCAGAGGCGGGAAACGUGUUCAACGAGAGUUUUGACACCAAAGAUGGAGGUCAGGGGUCCUGCGGAAAAUUGGCAACGUGGCGGGCGGACUCUGUAACUACUGACCUGUGUAGCUGUGGGCCAGCGUAGAGAUGGCUUUUGUGUGUAUGUGUUUGCCGAUUAAAGUUUUGAGUCUGUA